AAAAUCGGCCUAGUGGCCUUUUCAACCAAGGUCUCUCUCUCUGUUCUCUCUUUGACACACACUUUUCAACACAUGAACGAUCAAACUUCAACAUCGUCACGAAUUAUAUAGUAGGCUAUCUAUAUAAUUCCACUGUAGUUUCUAGGGUUUGUGUUUCGAUCCCUUUUGAAUUUCUAGGUCUCCAACCGAAUUUCAAUUCCAUUGUGUUUUCGUUUCCUCGAUCGUCUCUGUCGUAUCAGAGAUGGUUCUGACUCAGAAGAUUCACGAAGCCUUCAAAGGCACGGUUGAGAGGAUCACAGGUCCUCGAACAGUAUCUGCUUUCAAAGAGAAAGGCGUUCUCAGCAUCAGCGAGUUCGUCAUCGCUGGAGACAAUCUCGUCUCCAAGUGUCCGACCUGGUCCUGGGAAUCUGGUGAACCUAGCAAGAGGAAGUCAUAUUUACCCGCUGAAAAGCAAUUCUUGAUCACUAGAAAUGUUCCAUGUCUACGUAGAGCUGCAUCUGUAGAAGAUGAAUAUGAAGCUGCUGGAGGUGAAGUUCUUCUUGAUAAUGAGGACAAUGAUGGCUGGUUGGCAACUCAUGGGAAACCAAAAGAAAGCAAAUGCGACGAGGAGGAAAACUUGCCUUCCAUGGAGACCUUAGAAAUCACCAAGAACAAUACCAUUCAGUCAAUCUCUUCAUACUUUGGAGGUGAGGAGGAGGAAGACAUCCCAGACAUGGCAGAAUAUGAAGAAUCUGACAGCCUUAUCGAAACAGAUCCUGCAACACUUGAGGCUACAUAUCUCGUUGCUCAUGAACCUGAUGAUGACAAUAUUCUACGAACACGCACGUACGAUGUCAGCAUCACGUAUGAUAAAUAUUAUCAAACUCCUCGUGUGUGGCUUACUGGAUAUGAUGAGUCGAGGAUGCUUUUGCAACCAGAACUUGUACUUGAAGAUGUUAGUCAGGACCAUGCUCGCAAAACGGUGACCAUUGAAGACCAUCCACACUUGCCUGGCAAACAUGCAUCUGUUCAUCCAUGCCGACAUGGGGCUGUGAUGAAGAAAAUCAUUGAUGUUCUGAUGUCACGUGGAGUGGAGCCAGAAGUUGACAAGUACCUCUUCUUAUUCUUGAAGUUUGUGGCCUCUGUGAUUCCAACUAUUGAAUACGAUUACACCAUGGACUUUGAUCUUGGCAGUUCCCGGACAUGAUUUUCAGCCAUAUAAAAGCUUGUGGUUGAUGUAAAGGUGAAGCAGAUGGUUGAUUCUGGGGUGUUCACCACUGUUGCUGCUGCUGCAACCCUCCAUCUAUACUUGUACAUAUGGUGAUCCAAAUAGAACAAACUCCUGAAAGCUUCACUUUUCAUGAAGUGUAAUUAAUGCCAUAUGUUCUCUUAUAUUAUGAAAUAAAUUACAAUUUGUAAUUGUAUCAUGUGGCUUCAUUUGUCGGUCUCGAGUCACUUGAAUUUCUAAUAUGUUCACACGAAUUGUCCGGUUGAUAAUUUUAGUUGUUCUGGAUUUCUUGAAGAA